AUGGAAAAUGGGCGACAUGUUUCGAUUUUUGAUGACGUAACGAAUGAGAUGAAGAAGAAUUUCAAUACCCUGACGGCACAAUCGUGGAAGUGGAGGCGGAUGAUGGCAGGAGCCAACGGCGACAGGUCAGCCGGCGAGGAAAGAGGCAGCUGUCUCACUAUGGAGACUGUGGAUAGCAUUUUCCGGAAGCCUGAACUCCCGGUAGAAGCUCCCGCCAGCAGGCCUCUCUCUGCAGUGCCACUUGUAAUUCUCGCUCUUUUGGCAAUAAUCGUCGUCUUUGAAGUCCGCGCUCACGUGCAGUACCCGAUCGUCGUGGAUUUGAAGCUUCACGUCUUGUUUGGCCAGGCCCGGAAGAUCGAAUUUGAAGAUGUGGGCUUCAGAGGUCUCCUUCCAGUCCAUGGGCCCAACGGCUUCUUGAGGCCCGGCCCGGAGCACGUGGCCGGACGUGAAGAAUGGAUCCGAAAGAAGGGAUUGAAGUGCGAAGGUUGA